GGAGGCUCCCUGGGUUGGGAAACACUAACCUAUACUAUUUACUACUAUAUAGUCCAACAUGCUGGGAGUUGUAGUUUUGCAACAGCUGGAGGCACCCUGGGUUGGGAAACACUAACCUAUACUAUAUACUACUAUAUAGUCCAACAUGCUGGGAGUUGUAGUUUUGCAACAGCUGGAGGCACCCUGGGUUGGGAAACACUGACCUAUACUAUAUACUACUAUAUGCUCCAACAUGCUGGGAGUUGUAGUUUUGCAACAGCUGGAGGUCCACAAUUUGGAGACCUAGGCUGUAGAUGGCGGCCAUAUUGGUUGUCACAGUGUGACUUGUCCCUGUACUCUGCGGUGCCAGGAUUCGUUGGCAUUGUACCCGCAGCCUUGGGCACCAGGUGUGCGGUGAGUUUGGUUCCCAGCGCCCCCUGAUAACAGGCGGUAUAAGAGGCGUCCGCCGCGGCCUCUGAUCCCAAACACAACGAUGAGGCUACUGAUCACCUUCCUGCUGGCGGCCGGGGCAUAUGGCUGCGGGGUGCCCACCUAUGCCCCUAACAACCGCGUGGUGAAUGGAGAAGAUGCCAGGCCCCACAGUUGGCCCUGGCAGAUCUCCCUGCAGUAUAAGAGCGGGAGCUCCUUCUACCACACCUGCGGGGGGAGCCUCAUCGCCCCAAACUGGGUCAUGACUGCGGCGCAUUGCAUCUCAUCCAGUCGCACGUACCAGGUGGUGGUUGGCGAGCACGACCGCGGCGUGGAGGAGGGCGGCGAGCAGGUCAUCCCCGUCAACAAGAACGACAUCUACGUCCACGAAGGCUGGAAAAGCAGCUCCGUGUCCAACGGCAAUGACAUCGCCCUCAUUAAGUUGUCUCACGUGGCUUUGCUGAAUGAUGAGGUGCAGUUGGGGUGUCUGCCCCCGGCCGGGGAUAUUCUGCCCAAUAACUACCCCUGUCACAUCAGUGGUUGGGGUCGGCUGACCACCGGCGGGUCGCUCCCGAAUGUCCUCCAGCAGGCCCUCCUCCCGGUGGUGGAUCAUGAGACCUGCACGCAGAGAGACUGGUGGGGCAGUACGGUGAAGAGCACCAUGGUGUGCGCCGGUGGGGACGUCAAGGCCGGCUGCAAUGGGGACUCUGGGGGACCCCUGAACUGUCAGGCCGCUGACGGCAGGUGGCAGGUCCAUGGCAUUGCCAGCUUUGUCUCCUCACUUGGGUGCAACGCCCUGAAAAAACCGACCGUCUUCACCCGCGUCUCCGCGUUCAAUGACUGGAUCGACAAGAUUAUUAGUAGCCACUGAUGACCACAAGGCGGCGACGCUGAGCACUGACUGUGCACAACUGCAUUACCCCCCCCCCCCUUCAGAUGCUAUAGGGUUAAUCCCUGUGAUCCCCCGAAAUAAACAUUUCAUCUCAUUGGCCAGAACUUGUCUUUGUCUAUUACAUUAUUACCUAUAUCUAUUAUUUAUUUCUUUACAAGUCAUUCGGCUCCAGUCACAUCCAGAGCUGCAGUCACAGGAUGUGGAGUAUAACAGGAUGUAACAGCAGAAUAGUGAGUGCAGCUCUGGAGGAUAAGACAUGAUGUAACAGCAGAAUAGUGAGUGCAGCUCUGGAGGAUAAGACAUGAUGUAACAGCAGAAUAGUGAGUGCAGCUCUGGAGGAUAAGACG